CCAGGGAUGCAGCCUCAAAGUCCAGCAUUGGAACACAGGCAGAGACCGGCAGGCGACAGCGGCUGCAGCUCUAGCGGAAAACAAACGCCCAGCGCAGCAACGGUCUGGUCCAAGAUGCUGCGUCUGUUCUUGUCCCACCUGCUAGGGCUCUGCCUGCUACUGAUCCUAUGUGCCAGAGAGAUCCCAGCUCAGAAGACCGCAUUGUUAAGGGUAUGCGGCCGCGAGUAUGUCCGCCUGCAAAUCCAGAUCUGCGGCUCGGUCCGCUGGGGAAAAAGGAAUCAACAAUACCACCGGGAAUCUCGGGAAUCUCGGCAAAUACCCUCCGCACUCUUAGAAAUCGCGUCCUCCUCCUCCUCCUCCAUCAAUGAUGCAGAAACCUCGAAAAGGAUGUUGGAAUCCAUUCCUAAUUUGCCACAAGAGCUGAGGGCAACACUGUCUGAGAAGGAGCUGUCAUUCAGAGAGCUACAACCUGCAUUGGAAAGUUCUAAUCUUAACUUGGCAGUAUUGGGGAAUAGAGUUCUUGACGGACAAAACCGCGUUGAAGACCAAAAUCUUUCAGAAUUAGGUAGCUUAAGCUUAGAGUCACGUUACCGCAAAAAGAGAAGGGACUAUAUAAGUUAUAGUGACAAGUGUUGUCACCAAGGUUGUACCAGGGAAGAGCUUUUGGAUUUAUGCUGAGAUGAAAAGUGUUGUGUAUUUCAUCUCCCAUUCACUUGUGUUCCUAAUGACACCCACUAAUGAUUCUGUCACCCCACUGAUUAUUAAAACAUGAGAAAUCAUUA